CCCAAUCCCUAGCUAGUAUUUAAACAGUGUUAGACACUUCUUUUCCUCCUCAUUAUUGACCAUGGAAAACUUGCAGCCUCUAGCCACAGAAAGCUUUUCAUACAGCUGGUUGUUCAAUGGAAACCCGCCACUCGAUGGCCUUGCAGAUUCAGAAUCCCCAAGAACAUCUAUAGAUGAAGCUGGCGCCUUAGAAAUAACAACGUUUAUAGUUCAUCAGAAGAGAUUGCUCAAUGAAGAAUCACAGAAUUUCAACUUUGAUCUUCCUGCAGCUAGUUCUGAGUCUCCUCUCUCUAUGGUCCAUGCUGAUGAACUUUUCUCAGAAGGUCAGAUCAUUCCCUUGUAUAUCAACAGAUCAAAUAAUGAAGCUAAAAAAGAAUCGCUGAGUGACUCAAUCACAGCACCAGAAUCUGACCUUACUCCCACAACCGUAAUUUCUCAAGUCCAGAAGGAUUUCAUUGAGAAAUGGAGGGGAUUACCAAGCAGAAUGUUGCAGAAAUGGCUGAGAUAUUUGAAGCCAUUGUUCAAGAGGAUAGGGAUGCAAAGAAACACUGCUAAAGUUGGAUGCCAAGCCUCUGUACCGCGGUUUACCAAGGCUUAUUCUGCUGUUGACAGAGCUGGAGAAAAGCAAACAGGCAACAAAAAGAAGAACAUAAGAAAGACUAGAAGCUGGAGCAAUACACCACAAGCAUCCCCCUUGCAAAGUCCAUACCAUUCAACAGAUGAUAAGCAUGACAUGGAAUGCUUAGUUACUGAAGCAAUUCUUCACUGUAAACGAUCAUUUGGUAUGCUAGACAGCAUCAGUUCUUAACACAUUUCCACUCCAAAAACCACAAACUUUCAUCUUUUUUUUUUCUCCUUUUAAUAGGGAAAUGAAAUGAGAAUUGUACAUUUUUACCAGAAGAAUUUGCAGAUAUUGCAAAGAGCUGAACAUAAUGCUUGUAACAAUUAAUAAUUGAUUCAGCCUUCUUCUUUGAUGUCCAUGUAAAUUUUGUCCUCCAGACAAAGAAAGAAAAUAGCCAUUGACAGCUGCUAACCAAUUUGUACAUUUUCACACAAAAACGAGUGAUGUGCAGCACUGCACAAUGCAAAUGCUUAUCUUC